AUGGAAGUCGACGAGCGACCUACCUCGAAGAAAUGUGGUUAUUCGAUGAAUAAGUCUUCGAGUCCUCAAUGGGAUCCAGAAAACAAUACCUCGCUGUCACCAUCGGAAGCAAGUUCCCGCGCUUUCUCGCCGGCCACGAGAGGCGGCCUGUCUAGAAAGAUUGAAGCAAUAACUUGCAACCUUGAGAAUGUGAGAGAGGCGAAAGCCACAGAGGAGAGCAAUCGCAGAAGAGCUGCUGAGGGAUUCGAGUUACCGUGUUCAAAAUACAGUACGAUCAAACAGUAA